GUACAACCACGACGCCACAUUUUACGGCGUCUGGCUAUUACCAAGCACGCGUUUAUUAAACGUUGCUUAUUAAUUUUUGAAACCUCAACACAAAAAUGUCGUACAAAGGACCACAAAAAGUUCAAAAGGUGAUGGUACAGCCCAUCAACCUUAUAUUUCGGUACCUGCAAAAUCGUUCGCGCGUGCAAGUAUGGUUAUUCGAAAACAUCAACCUACGAAUCGAAGGUCACAUCGUUGGAUUCGACGAAUAUAUGAAUUUAGUACUGGACGAUGCUGAGGAAUAUAAUCUGAAGACGAAGGCCAGAAAACCACUUGGACGAAUUAUGUUGAAAGGCGACAAUAUAACAUUAAUACAAAAUACAAAUCCAGGGGCAAAUUAAAUUGUUCGUCUAUAACCUCAAGUUAUGACCCAGGACAAACAAGGCAUAUUACCUUAUAACUAGUGCAAUUACGCACACUAGAAGUGACUUAAAAGGGUUUAACAAAGAUGGAGUUAACAUUUUCCAAGUUGUACAAGUUGUGAUGCACCUCUCGGUAUAGUUAAGAACAAUGAUUAACCAAUAGUUGCAAGUUGUAACUGAAAAUACUAUCAGGUUAAAGUGACAGUAUUGUUUUCUAUUGGGAGACGUAUUUGUUAUUGUAAUCUUGUAGUAGAAUAAUUUUUCAAAUAUCUGAAUGAAAAACUAUGCACUAUAAGUCCCAUUUGUAUAGAUACCAUCAAACUGUAAGAUCUUGUAUCUCAGUUCAUUUCUAACAUUAAGAAUAAUUUCAGAUGUAAAUUUUAUACGAUUGAACAAUUGCUGUAACAGAUAUGAAUUAGAUAAAUAUUUAAUAAAUAUUUUUGAUUCUA